AUGUCUGUGGACCAAGAUAAUGAGCAGUGUCCUACCCGCAGGCUCUUAAUAGCUCUGCUGAAACAGAGACAGUUAGAUGCAGAGAGCCUGAAGCUGGUCCAGAGUCAGGUGACCAAGAUGCAGCCAUUGACUCCUCGCUGGAAUGACCAGAUUGAAGACAACAAUGAAUAUAUCCAGAAACCUUACUCAGACUUCCUUGAACAAGAUCCGGUCCAGUCCCUUUUGGAUGAUCUCAAUCGGAGUAUAGUGAAGGCCAACUCUCUGCGAGAACUCCUGCUAGAGGAACAGGAGAAGAAUCAGGCCCUUAAGGAUCAGAUGAAAGAGGAGAUAAAGGCCAAGGCUGCAGCACUGAGAGACAUGCAGGGGCAACAGAGACAGAGAGACAAGCUUCAAACCAAAAUGGAGACUCUCACAUCUGUCCUGGAACAAAGGAGGCGCGCAGUCGAAGAAUUGCAGGACAAGUAUGAGGCCAUCUGCAAUCAGAUGAAAGAGGAGAUGAAGGCCAAAACUGCAGCACAAAAUCUCCUACUAGAAGAACAGGAGAAGAAUCAGGCCCUCAAGGAUCAGAUGAAAGAGGAGAUAAUGGGCAAAGUUGCAGCAGAGGGAGAUGUGAUGAAGCUGCAGAAAGAGAAAGAGAAGCUUGAAACUGAAGUGCUGUCUCUCAGAAAUGCCCUGGAACAAGAGAGUCAUGCAAAAGACAGCCUCAAAGCUGAAGUGUUCUCUCUAAGAUCCUCUCUGGACAAAGAAAAAACAAAAAUCUCUGCACCGACUCAGGAAAAAAUAGACACUCUGCAAAUGCGAGUGUUGAAAACCAAACAGAAGAUGGAGGGCCUCAAGGAAACUCAUGCACAACAGCUGUGGACAGAGAAGCAGAAUGUGCAGGAAAUAUCCGAGGCUCUCACAACUGCAGAGAACAACAACUCUGCUCUGACGAAAGAAUAUAAGGACCGCCAAGAAGCGACAGAAGUCAAACAGGAGAGGAGCUUGUGGGAGAGGAGCUUGUGGGCGUUGAGGAAGAGAUUGUUCCGGCGAGGGGUGAAGGUCCAUCCCAUGAAUGUUCCAUCUGUUUAA